CUAAUGUUGGCAAUUGCUGUCAAAAGCGAGGAAGUGGGAAGAUUUAUUUCCCGAAGAGCAAGUCAGCGCGAUCUCGUGUUCGCGCCCAUCGCCCUCCCCUCCGCCCACGCCCGCAACAUCCGCCUUCGACGAGAUUCCGGCUACGCUGCCCCCGCCCACGCCCCCGCCCCCGGCUACUCGAAGCCACGGGGUAAAGUGGGUCCCGUUUACACCUUCGUGAAAACAGAUUACAAUGGAAACUUCAAGUGGGGUGUGAGGCACAGGGCAGGUGCGCAGUAUGGAGGACAUGGCCACUAACGCGGACA